AUGUUUCGCAAUCUUGGUGUCUGCAUGGCUGUGCUUAUGGCGAUACUCUCUAACGAUGUGCUGGUCUUCACAUUGUCCACCAAUGAAUAUCAGAAUAACUCAUAUGCUACAAUAACGUCGAUCAAGCUACAAACGGUCAGCACGGAGGUCCUUCCUGCACCAAGUUCGCUACUUUUUUCGAACGCUAAGCCCACAGUUGCGCCCAUGCUUCCAACCACGAGUACCAACCAUGCUGCUACAUCCGUUGUGACGAACCCGAUGAAGGAGACCUCGCAUGUGUCCGACUGUAUCCCGAACUUCCCCAAUGAGAAGAAGGGCGACCCCAAAACCACGACAGGCAAUCCUGCGCUCUUCACUCCUUCAUCCGUGACCGCUGAUAGCUCUAAGCCCCCUGAGACGACCCCGAUCACCCCAGAAAGCGCUGAUGGCUCGAAGCCCCAUAUGACAACCCCGAUCACCCCAGAAAGCGCUGAUGGCUCGAAGCCCUAUAUGACAACCCCGAUCACCCCAGAAGGCGUGGCGAGCACUGCUUCACAAACGAAUGACUUGUCAAUGUACACCUACAGCAAUGAGAUCGCUAAUCAAGCCAACACCCAGUCGAGUAUAUCACAUACUGGCACCAAAAACUACACGCUCAGCAUCUUCAUUGUGGCUACGAUCGCCGCUGUUGCUGCGGUCGGCAUUGCUGCGUCGCACAUAAAGAAACCUCGCAGCGUCGAUGAUGCUCUCGUUACGCCCGAUGACAACGAGAUGAUUCACAUUGAGAUCAAGCGCACACCUGCAGGCGGCAGCACAAUCCUUUAA